AUGAUCGGAAAGUGUAUUAUGACGUCUAUGAGCAGCGAUUCGCGCAGCCUCGCCAGUAGCAGCACCAACGGGGGUGAUGUUGCAAACAACAAUCACCUACCAAAGGAUGCGCCUGCGGCGGAUAUUGUCGUGUGUAGGACUAAGAUGCGGGAUCGUCCCGCGGUAGGGAAUGGGCAUGCGGCAGGCCGUGCGGUGCAUUGUGCCAACGAUGAUCAACGGUGCGACGGAGGUGCAAUCGAUGUGCCGCACUGUCGGCAAUCGGCCGAAGCCAUGUGUCGGUUGGAAGUGCACCGAACUGCCAAUCCUAGAUCGCAGAAGGAGUCACCGAUGCCGAGCGGUAUGAUGAGCAACGCUCGUUCAUCUGCGGCGGUGACUCCAUCGACGAUCGGCAGCUGCGACCGUCCUGCACGAUCGAUCGAAUCACCAGUGGGUGCAGCUGGUACCUCUUCGAACUCGUCGCCUGCCAGCCGGAAUGUGGCUCGUGACAUGACAGAUUCUGGUUCGCCAUGUGCUAUGGCGGUCAGUUCGACGGUGGUGGAAGUGGAAGAUCCUUACGCCGAACUCGAAAGGAUACUGGAAAAGGUGCAAGCGGAAAUAUCGGAAAUGUUUGAACAAACCAUGCAGAAGGAAAAUGUAACCACCGUUGUGACCGGCAGCGGGACAGGAAGCGACAAAAAGCGGAAAAACGACUUGAAGGCCAAUCAUGACGAGAGGUGUGAAUAUGGAAGCUCAACGAAGGCCGGUCCACAUCUACAAAAACAUCACCAACAGCAGCAGAACGCUAGUCAUCACGUGAAGUAUGCCACCAUACCGCACGCAACUGUUACCCAGCAGAGAAGUGCCGAUCACGGUGCACUUGCAGCGAAUUUUGGACGCAACAAUCACCCGGCAACGAUCGACAGUAACGCAAAACGCACCCGUAAUGCGUACGACCAUCGGUACCGAUCGCAUGAUCGAAUGGAGAUGGUUUGCUCGACAACGGUACCGUCGACGUCGGCGACACUACCCAAGCCCAGUACACGAUCGCAGUCGGCGGGCGAAACCAUGUCCUCGAGCGGAUAUAGCAGCUACGGGCGGUACACGGAGCGGUCCGACAGUUUGUCCGAUGACAUGAGCCUGCUGGACGUCGCUGCACCUUCGUGUGACGAAAGCCAUGAAGGUGCCGGCGACGAUACGACUUCGGACGAGCGAGAAACCAUCGUCAGCGGUGGUGUUCGUAAGCGUCAUCAGCAAAAGAAAUGUUCGGUGCUAUCGGGUGCCACCACCACGACGGUACCGGCGGGUAAUGGUGGCCAUUACUACAACAACAUCGAUCAACAGCUGCUCUCGAACGAUCGGGGGCUUAAAACGAGCACAAACAGUUUACCGUCCGUGGCGGCGUCCGGCGGCCAUCGGAAUAUGGCUCUGCAUCUAAAGUUUAAAUCGCACCAGAGCACGAUCGACGCGAAACGGAAACAGUUUUUCCUCACGCUCGAUCAGGAACCGUUUCAACCGCUCAAAUCUAACAUGGCUGAUUUGCCAUCGCCGAGCAGCACUUCGCUGCACAGUGGACAUAACCAUUUGAUUGCCGAAGAGCUCGGCUCUAAAUCGAGUUCUGCUCCGGUGUUGCUCAAGGACGAAGAGAAUGUACUCACGGUGGCAAGGGCAAAUCUGCGCUAUUCCAGGUCACAAAGUGAUCGACAUUUGGCGGAAAUCGAAGCGAUUGAAGCAUGUCGAUGGUUGCGUGCCGCCGGAUUCCCACAGUACGCCCAGAUGUACGAAGAUCACCAGUUUCCCAUCAUCGUGGAGGAUGUAGCGAAGGAUCAUCCAUUCCUGGAACCGGAUCCUCUACAGUCGCUGUUUCGGCGACUCCACACACUCAACCGUUGCGCAAACAUGCAUAUCGAUGCUCAUCAGCAUACACCAAAACCUUCGCACCGGGAUGACUCGGACGACGAUAGCUGCGCGCUGAGUGAGGCGUGGACAUUCCAACACAACAGCCGACGCUGGUCGCGGGUGGAUGAUGCGAUCGGGUUGGUCAGCGUGAUAAACAACAAGCAGCAGCAGCGCAACGCGCAGAAGGACGGUGCCCACACCAAAGGGACCGGUGGCGAUUCGGCUGGACACGGUUCGCAUCAGCAGCGGCGGCACAACAACACCACGCUGCUCCGUGCGGAAGAUCACGAAAAGCUGUGGCUCGAAACGGGCGGUAAAAUUACGAUCGGCGUACCGUCCGAUACGGACUCGCAGGAUGACUGCGGUACGGACGGGCGCAGUGGCGUACACCUCAGGCGUACCGGUAGCGAACGGUUGAAGGACGGUGCAAAGGCAAUACUGCGCCGCGUAGAAUCGAUCAAAUCAAGGCGCAGGAAAAAACAGAACCGUGACGGUCUGAUCAUACUAGCGCCACCGGCGGGACACUCGAGCGCACACCUUUCCCCACACCAUCGCCCGUCCGGCGACGGCAGCGAGGGGUAUGGUGGGUCCGGAUACGAUAUCAUGUCCUAUUCCAACCCUACCUCACCGAGACCGUCGGCCGAACUGCUCGCAUUUGACGAUGCGCUCGAUGCGGCCGGCAAUCGGAAGAAGGAUCUGUUUGUGAACGAUCUGCUCGGACGCAGGAAUCUGCUACUAUCGCCCAACGUAUCCGCACCGGCAACUGCCUGGUCACCGUUGCUUGGUGGUGAAGGCAAACGUUUCACGGACCGUUCAUCCCCCGGCGGCACAUUACCGUUUCGGCAGCAGGUACAACUGCAGCAGGAAUCUCGAUCCGGCGAUGAUUCAUCGUCGCUAUGCAGCGAAGACAGUGGAGGUGGCCCGGGGACUGACUUUAGUGCCGGAAAUCGGUCAGAAAAAUCAACCGCACGCAAAUACCCCCGGGCGAAAAAAGCGUUGCGCAGCAAGGUAAUAUCGAGCACGGUGGCGGAUGAUCAGUCCGGUGGUGGUGCGCUUUCCGAUUCCGAAUGUCACGCCAAACAGCGCCGUUCCAAAAUUAAGGUAGAGCUCGAUUGUGAUCUAUCCGGGGCGAACGAUGCGGUUUCUACGACAACAGCGGACAUUAAGGGUAGCGCCGGCGGGAGAACCGGUGGAAAUACAUUGGCCGCACCGGAUGUGAAUGCUUCCCCCUCGAAACUGCACCGCGGAGGUUCACUAAACCUUGGCAAAGCUUCCAAACGUUACCGGGACGCGUUUAGCAACCGUUCGGUGCGGCACAGCGCUAAAGUGACGGACGAGAGCGGCGAGGGUGUUGUGCGCUCCACAAGCAAACGAUCGACCGUGGCCCGUUGGCACAGCUUCCAGCAGCCGAAGGUAUCGCCGAUCGAUCUGCAGCAAACCGAUCAGCUGGCCAUCGGGUCGAAAGAUGAGCGAAAAAUCGGCAUUUUGCAGCGCGGUACCACUAUCGCGCAACUGGUCAGCAGCACCACCCACAGCAAUGUUAUGACAAUCACCUCCACCACCUCCAUUACCACUACCACCAGCACCGCCAUACCCGGGAAAGCCCACAAACCGGCCAGUCUUACCGUGGACGGUAGCCAAAGUACGGCGGGAGCGAUCACGGACCCGUCCGGUGCGGGAUUGCGCAUGUCGGAGAUGUCUUGCGGACAGUUGCUGGUGGUGCGCAAGCUUGGACUGGCCAACCUGACUGGCUACAUGGAGCGGUACUGUCCGACGCACCGGUCCGGAUGGAACUGGGAACUGCCAAAGUUUAUCAAGCGCAUCAAAUCGCCCGACUACAAGGAUCGCAAGGUGUUCGGGAUGCCGCUGGUGUUGAAUCUGCAAAAGUACGGCAGCACGGUACCGUAUACGAUACGGUUAGCGUUCGCCUGGCUCGAAAAGCACGCGCUCGAUCAGGUCGGCUUGUUCCGAAAGCCGGGCGUAAAGUCACGCAUCGCCAAGCUGAAAUCGGUCAUCGAGGCGAGCAAUGAUGUGGGCUGGCGAAGCGAAAUGUUCGACGAGUAUCACGCGUACGACGUUGCGGAUCUGGUGAAGCAAUACUUUCGCGAGCUGCCCGAUCCACUGCUGACGGUCAAACUGUCCGAGACGUUUAUCGCUAUAUUCCAGUAUCUUCCAGCGGAGGUGCGUGCGGAAGCGGUGCAAUCGGCUAUUCUGCUGCUGCCGGACGAACAUCGGGAAGUGCUCCAUCUGCUGUUAACAUUCCUCGAAAAGGUAGUGCAAAACUCGAGCCUAAAUCAAAUGACCGCCAACAAUCUGGCCGUCUGUUUUGCACCUUCGCUGUUCUAUCUGCUGUCCGGGAAUAGAUACACGGCAGCAUCACCAAGAAGGAAGAAAACUGGCACCGGAUCCGGACAACCGGAUGAGAAGGAACUGUUCGAAGCGAAAGCAUCGCACGAAUGUUUGGCGUACAUGAUCGAACGCUUUCAGAGCCUCUGGACGAUCAGCAGCGAUCAGAUGCGCCGCUGUAACUUCAACUACAUGGACGAAUCGAAACCGGUGCCACUGUCGUCCCUCGGUACGGAAAUGCACGUCCAGAACUGGCGCGGCUAUCUGUCCGAGUCGAUCAACGAGUGUUUACGGGAGGGUCGAGAACGACCGCGUGGUUGGGUGUCACUAAGCUCGACCGAUCCAUCGGUGACCGCAUUCUUCAAAAAGGUGGGCGAUGGUCAUCCGCUACGUUUGUGGAAGUGUGUCACGGAGGUGGAAGCUCCACCGAUGGAGGUGAUACAGCACAUCGUCAAGGAGCGGCCGCUCUGGGAUGCGUAUCUGCUAAAGUGGCGCACAAUCGAGCAGCUCGAUCAGGACACGGAUGUGUUCCAGUAUGCAUGCGGCCAACCCGUCACCGAGUAUUGUGUCGUGCGACAAUGGAAAAACGAUCUGUCCCGUGGUGCCUGUGUGAUAGUGGAGGUGUCGAUUUCGCACGAGAAUGCCACAUCGCUGCUGGGCGGUGUGAAUGGCGUUGUGCUCGCCUCGCGCUAUCUAAUCGAACCGUGUGGCAGUGGGAAGUGCAAACUGAUGCACCUAUCGCGCGUCGAUAUGAAAGGCCGCACACCCGACUGGUACAACAAAAACUAUGGACACAUUUGUCAGCAAUAUCUUUCUAAGAUCAAAAAAUUCUUUGAACACUGCACCGAGGGACCUGAAACUAAAGUAUAA